AUGGCGAGGGAGGUGGUCGACAAAAUCUUCAACGCUUUCAAGCAGUGGUUCUUCACUAUAACGUUCUGUGAAUUUACGUACUUCGAAAACAGCAUACUAAAAUACACGGAGACCUUCGGAGAUGGUUAUCCAGUCAUGCUGUUGAACGGAUGCCAAGAUCCGAAUACAACGAGAAUUAAACCUAGACUUAAUAAACACGGUCAAACAGCCUAUAUAGUCACAUCAAAUGAAUUAACCUUAGAAUCAAGCCAAUAUGCAAUAGAAGCACUAUCAAGAACUGGAGUAUUUAAACCGAGAUCGACAGUGAUUUUUGUUUUGAACGGUCCCAUAGAAGUGGAUAGCUAUUUUCACUAUUCCAUGUUAAGACAUUUCGAAAUGCUUUGGACAAGGAACAUUGCAAAUUCUGUCGUAUUAAUCUGGUCGAACCAUCUAAGAAUAUAUUUGUAUAAUCCCUUUACACAGAAAAUCAGAGAUGUAACAUACGUCCCGGACAUAACUGAUCUACUUUUACGACAAUACGAAGAUCUUCAAGGUUUUGAAUUAAGAUUAAGUGUGUUUAGAAAAAUAUACACAUCAGAUGAGACAGGGCCACUGCAAUGUAACUCAAGAUUAGCUGCGACGGUUAUGAAAGAUCUUAACGCUACUUGUAAGCCUCUUGCUCCGAGAGACGGGAAUACUGUAGGAGAUAUUUUACCCAACGGUACUGCUACUGGGGUCACAGCCGAUCUUCUUGAUGGCUACACAGACCUAGAACUGAGCUCUCGCAUAUUGAAAAAUUCCUACUACGGCUACAUCGACACAACCUACCCGUUCGGUCAAGAUGAAAUGUGCUUCUUAAUCAAGAAAUCAAUUUAUCAAUCGACUUUCAUGACCACGAUAGCAUUAAUAUCAGUCAAACUGUUACUUAUAUUUGUUUCGAAUGUUGUAAUGUUUAUUCUUGUGUGUAUUUUAAUACGUAAAGUGGAAGGGAAUAUUCAUAAUAUUGAUGAUAAACGCUCCACGUCAGUCACUGUUGUGGACUUGUUGAAAUGUUUCAUACGCCAGACGGUCGAUAUCAAAUUUAUUGGACCUAUUUUCAGAUUUGUUGUUAUGCUAAUUAUAUUAUAUUCGUUAGUUGUAGAUUGCGCUAUUGAAGGUAUCAUAACAUCAGCUAUAGCUUACCCAAGAUAUAAACCAGAUAAGAAUACUCUGUCAGAAUUACUAAGCGCAAAUUAUACUUUCGGAGUUCAUAAUCGACAUUAUACCUUAUUCAAGAAGAGUCUUAGCAAGGAAAAUUACGGCGAUGUAUUGAGAAGAACUGUAAUACUGAACGAUAGACAGAUAAAAGAUGUGAUUGAUAAAAGAAAAUCUCAGUACGCUUUGUUGCUAAGGUUCUCAGAUGCUAAAUACAUAAGCCGUAAACCAUCCAACAUGAAGGACGGUAAACCUAUCUUUCAUACAACAACAGAAUGCCCUGUGCCUUGUUCUGUUGUAUACGGAUUGUCAUACGGAAGUCCGUAUUUACCAAAACUCGAUAACAUUUUGAACUAUCUCAAUCAGGCUGGUAUUUUAGACUACUGGACUCGUUCCGACGAAUAUACCCUCUACCAGAAUCAUGGGAAGAUAUUAUAUGGUGGUGAUAAUAAAACUAAAAAAACAUUAAGCUUGGAAAAUCUUAAGGAAGUAUUCCUAAUGUUGCUGAUUGGACUCUUCGUGAGCGCUCUCGUCUUUUUUAUGGAAGUUUUAUUCUAUAUCUUUCAAAAAAAGUGUUUUAUUGUCUAA